AUGGCUGCGCCUGCGAAGCAGUCGAGAUGGGGCUCGUUCCUCUCCCAGACCGUCGCGGGCGUGGAGUCACGACUUGACAAUAUCCUUGCCGACGCCGAUGACAGCCAGCAGCAGCCGGCACCUGUGGUCGCCACGGCGUCAUCAAGCAACAAUGCCGAGCCCGUACCCAGCUCUGCCAACUCGUUGCCGGCUUCUAGCAGCCGUGCCAAUGACCGACUCCAGGCAAGGCUGGCCAAAGCGAUGAUCGCCAAAAGUGCGGCGGGUGGGACCAGCAGCAAGGACACCAACUCGCCGCGCAGCUCGGCCGACGUAGCGAGUCGGCCGUCGACGGACGACAAAGCCCGGCUCGACCAGACAGGACCUGUGGCAGCCGAUUCGGGCUCGAUACCCCCGCCGAAGCAAGUCGAAGUCGAAGCCGAGCCGUCGUCAACAACGGCCAACGCCGACGGGAACCGGAUCGACCGAUUGGCCAACGAUACCCCAACAAGCGAUGUGAACAGGGGCCAAGACACCCCGUCGGAGCUCUCAGCAUCCGGACUUAUCGGAGGGGGAGCAGCUGGGCCCAAGGCGACGGAACGAACAUACGAGAUCUCAGACUCUGCCGUCGAGGAAAUGAAGGCGCGUCACCAGGAUGAAAUCCAAGACUACGUGGAAAGGGUAGACUCCCUCGAAUCAAAGUUGCAAUACUUAGCCAAGAGCACAGCAGACUCGGCCAAGAGGGCGGCAUCGUCCGCCUCUCCCAGCGGUUUGGAGCGUAAAAUUGCGGAAAGGGACGAGAAGAUCGCCUUGUUGCUGCAGGAAGGUCAGGCUCUGUCAAGCACGGAGCAGAAGCUCCGUGCUUCAGCCAGAAAGUUACGUGUGCAGAUGUCGGAACUGGAGAAACAGACGGAAGAGCUCAGGAAGGACAGGGACAAGGCCGUGUCAAAUGCCGAAGAGUUGCGCAACCGCCUAGACGUCGCUGAGGGAAGCGAGAUGCGCCAAGCGGAAACCCGACGGGUAACCGCAGCUUUGCAACAGGAGAUUGAGGAGCUGAAGACGGAGCACACGAAGAAGGACGAGGCGUACCAAUGGCUGGAACAGGAGAGCAAGGCGAAAUCCCAGCAGGUCGAGGCUGCUAACGCAGAAGCGUUGAGCAGGGCGCUGGCCGGGGAGCGUGCGAAGCACAAGGAGCUCGAUGAGACAAUCGCCGCCCUCCGAGCAGAAAAAGAGUCGCAAGCUACCAUGGCCAAGCAAGUGGAUAUCGAGUGGCGUGAAAGGCUAGAGCGUGCCGUGGAAAGAGGCAGCAAGGUCGAGGAAGAGCUGAAGAUGGAACUGCGAACCAUGGAGAGCAGGCUGGAGGCCAUGCGAACGGCCGCCGAGGAGGCGUCAUCUGGAUCGGGAGGCGAGGCACAGGUCAAGAUGUUCAGGCAAAUUGAGACGUUGCAAUCGCAAUACGCGUCUGCCAGGGAGAACUGGCAGGGCAUGGAGUCGUCUCUUCUGGCAAAGGCCGCCAACCUCGAGAAGGAGAAAGACGAGGCCCUUCGUCGAGAGUCAGAGAUGCGCAAGAAAGCGCGCGACGCGGCCAUCCGCAACAGACACCUCGAGGAUGAAGUGUCGGCGAUGCAGCCCGCGCUUGCGACGGCGCGGCAGGAGUUGGAGGCGGUCACCCUCCAGCUUGCCACCAUGAAAACUGCUUCGAGGGACGCGGAGGAGGCUCUCGAGCAGGCGAGAAAGGAUCUCAACAAGGAAAAGAGGCGCCUGGAAAGCCGGGACGAUGGCGCCGAGGCGGAACGGCGGCAGUGGGCCGACGAUGUGGCCGGUGCGACGUCCAGAGGCCACCCGACCCAGCAUGAUUCCCCUACGCCGUUGCCGCAGCGAACCUUUAGCUCUGAUUUCAUGGCAAUGGGACUGCCUGCUCUCAGCAAACCUCGACGAACGCCGACGUACGGGAGCAUACCGGACAGCCCUGCAGAGGUCAUGUCUCCCAUUCGACGGCUCUCCUGUCAACCCCCUGGCAGGCUCAGCAUCGCCUCCACCGUCGGGUACGGGCAACCGCUGACCCCCUUCUCCCCCUUCGAAGCUCCGAGCGAGUCGCAAUUCAACGCGUGGCCGUCUGCCGUCGAUCGUGAAAACGGCGCGGACGAGGAGGUGCCGUCCUCGCCUCGCAACAUCGCUCACGACAUGAUAUCGGUGUCGACUGCGACGGCCGGUCCCUCCGUUCAGCUCGUGGAACGGAUGAGCGCGGCGAUACGACGACUGGAGGGCGAAAAGGUGGCGGCCAAGGAGGAAAUGGCGAGGGUUUGCCACCAGAGGGACGAGGCUCUGGCGGACUUGGUUAACCUCAUGAAGGAGCUGGAAGAGGCCAAUGCCGCUGCCAAGAGCGUCCCAGAGCUGGAGGGCAAGGUUUCGGAUCUCGAUUCAAGAUACCAAACGACGCUGGAAAUGCUUGGGGAAAAGAGCGAGCUCGUUGAGGAGCUCAAGGCUGAUGUCCAGGACGUCAAGGCCAUGUAUCGGGAGCUUGUGGAGAGGACAGUUACGUGA